AAUUCCUCACACUCUCUUCUUCUUCUUUAUAUUUUCUCUCUCAUUUUCUCUUCUCCCAAACACUAAUUUUCCCGGGAAAAUCAUUACAUUUCUCGGGAAAACGAUCAGAAAAUUCCACUUCUGGAAUCGAUGAUUCUUCUCUGAAACUCAAAAAACCCCAAUUUUCUUUUUUUCCUGUGAAGAACAACUCGAUUCAAGAUGGGAAACGACACCGGUUUGACUCUGGAGGGGAUCAAGAACGAGACGGUUGAUCUGGAGAAAAUCCCCAUUGAAGAAGUGUUUGAGCAGCUGAAAUGUACAAGAGAAGGUCUAACAUCUCAAGAAGGGGAGAACCGUCUUCAAAUCUUUGGGCCCAACAAGCUAGAAGAGAAAAAGGAAAGCAAGUUUCUGAAGUUCCUUGGUUUUAUGUGGAAUCCCCUUUCAUGGGUCAUGGAGGCUGCAGCUAUCAUGGCCAUUGCCUUGGCUAACGGAGGCGGUAAGGGACCGGAUUGGCAGGACUUCGUCGGUAUCGUGUGUCUGCUGGUUAUCAACUCCACCAUUAGUUUCAUUGAAGAGAACAAUGCUGGUAAUGCUGCUGCUGCUCUUAUGGCUGGUCUUGCUCCUAAGACUAAGGUUUUGAGGGAUGGGAAAUGGUGUGAACAAGAUGCAGCGAUUCUGGUACCAGGAGAUGUGAUUAGUGUCAAAUUGGGAGACAUCAUCCCGGCCGAUGCUCGUCUUCUGGAGGGCGAUCCGUUAAAGGUGGAUCAAUCUGCAUUGACGGGAGAAUCGCUUCCGGUGACAAAGCAUCCAGGGGAUGAAGUGUUCUCUGGUUCAACUUGCAAACAAGGAGAAAUAGAAGCUGUUGUUAUUGCCACUGGUGUCCACACCUUCUUUGGAAAGGCAGCUCAUCUGGUUGACAGCACCAACCAAGUUGGUCACUUCCAAAAGGUUCUCACUGCCAUUGGGAACUUCUGUAUCUGUUCCAUUGCCAUUGGUAUGCUGAUCGAGAUCAUCGUCAUGUACCCGAUCCAACACCGUGCCUACCGAGAUGGAAUCGACAAUCUUUUGGUUCUCUUGAUUGGAGGAAUUCCCAUUGCCAUGCCUACUGUCUUGUCUGUCACUAUGGCUAUUGGAUCUCACAAGUUGUCCCAACAGGGAGCUAUCACCAAGAGAAUGACUGCCAUCGAAGAAAUGGCCGGUAUGGACGUCCUCUGCAGCGACAAGACCGGAACGCUCACGCUUAACAAGUUGAGUGUUGACAAGAACUUGAUUGAGGUAUUUGUCAAGGGUGUCGACAAAGACCAUGUCGUUCUUCUUGCUGCCCGGGCUUCUAGGACUGAAAACCAGGAUGCCAUUGAUGCUGCCAUGGUCGGUAUGCUUGCUGACCCGAAAGAGGCAAGAGCUGGCAUUAGAGAAGUUCACUUCCUCCCAUUCAACCCUGUCGACAAGCGAACUGCCUUGACUUACAUCGACUCCAACGGUAACUGGCACCGUGCUAGCAAAGGAGCUCCCGAGCAGAUCUUGAGUCUUUGCAACUGCAAGGAGGACUUCAAGAGGAAGGUGUUUUCUGUAAUCGACAAGUUCGCCGAGCGUGGACUUCGAUCGUUGGCUGUUGCUCGACAGGAAGUGCCUGAAAAAACCAAGGAGAGUCCCGGUUCCCCAUGGCAAUUCGUCGGUUUGUUGCCUCUUUUCGAUCCUCCUCGACACGACAGUGCUGAAACCAUCCGCCGAGCUCUCAACUUGGGAGUGAAUGUCAAGAUGAUUACAGGUGAUCAACUUGCUAUCGGAAAGGAAACUGGCCGAAGACUUGGAAUGGGAACGAAUAUGUACCCGUCAUCUUCCUUACUCGGUCAACACAAGGACGAAAGCAUUGCUGGCCUCCCAGUUGAAGAGUUGAUUGAGAAAGCUGAUGGAUUUGCCGGAGUGUUUCCAGAACACAAAUAUGAAAUUGUCAAGAAGUUGCAAGAAAGGAAGCACAUUUGUGGAAUGACAGGAGAUGGUGUCAAUGAUGCCCCUGCUUUGAAGAAGGCUGACAUUGGUAUUGCUGUUGCUGAUGCUACUGAUGCUGCACGAGGCGCAUCCGAUAUCGUUCUAACGGAGCCUGGAUUGAGUGUUAUCAUCAGUGCCGUGUUGACUAGCCGAGCAAUCUUCCAAAGGAUGAAGAACUAUACCAUUUAUGCAGUUUCCAUCACCAUUCGUAUCGUGUUUGGUUUCAUGUUGAUCGCUCUCAUUUGGAAGUUCGAUUUCUCACCGUUCAUGGUUCUAAUUAUUGCCAUCUUGAACGACGGUACAAUUAUGACAAUCUCAAAGGACAGAGUGAAGCCAUCUCCAUUGCCUGACAGUUGGAAACUCAAGGAGAUUUUCGCCACCGGAGUAGUACUCGGCGGGUACUUGGCGUUGAUGACGGUUAUAUUCUUCUGGCUAAUGGACGGAACCGACUUCUUCACCGAUAAAUUCGGUGUGAGAUCGAUUCGUCACAACGAAGACGAAAAGAUGGCUGCUUUGUACUUGCAAGUGAGUAUUGUUAGCCAAGCUUUGAUUUUCGUAACUCGAUCACGUAGCUGGUCGUACGUCGAGCGCCCGGGACUUCUCUUAGUCGGUGCUUUCUUCAUUGCACAAUUGGUUGCAACUGUGAUAGCUGUGUAUGCUGAUUGGUCAUUUGCUAAGAUCAAGGGCGUUGGAUGGGGAUGGGCUGGUGUCAUCUGGCUUUAUAGCAUUGUUUUUUACGUUCCGCUCGAUAUCAUGAAGUUCGCUAUUCGAUACAUCUUGAGCGGAAAGGCGUGGGUGAGCAUGUUAGAAAACAAGACUGCCUUCACUACCAAGAAAGACUAUGGAAAAGAAGAAAGGGAAGCUCAAUGGGCACUUGCUCAAAGGACACUACAUGGACUUCAACCACCCGAAUCAACAAACAUCUUCUCCGAAAAGAGUAGCUACCGAGAACUCUCCGAGAUCGCCGAGCAAGCUAAGAGACGUGCCGAGAUUGCAAGGCUUCGUGAGCUCAACACGCUCAAGGGUCACGUCGAGUCAGUCGUUAAGUUGAAGGGGCUCGAUAUCGACACGAUCCAGCAGCAUUACACAGUGUGAGAAGAUUAUUACUCAUACAGAGACACAAUGAAUUAAUGAAUUGUGAUUCACUUUGUUAUGCUAAGGAAAGAAAGAGAGAAUGUUUGAGAGAGAGACAAAGAAACAAACAAAAAAAAAAAAAAGUUGUCCUAAUUUCCCAACCCUUUCCAACAUACAGAGAGCUUGUGUGCUUGCCUUGUAAUUUUCUUAGUUUUUGCCUACUAUUUUAUGUAUUUUCAAUGUAGUAAGAUGCAAAAAAAACCGAACUCGGUUCGGUUUUUUAACUCCUUACCAUAAUGUCGAAGCAAUGUGUUUCGUCAAUUUAAGCAUUAAUUCAAAUUUCUACCCUUUUUUCUA